AUGGAGCUUUUAAAAUAUUUUCAAUAUAGCAUUCAACCUUCAACAAUGAAAACAGAUACACCUCCACAAUAUACAUUAAGACCAACACUGGGAUAUUUUGCUCCACAACAUCCUCCCCAACUUCCACCAAGACCUAAUGAUUCAUAUGCCCCACCACCAGAAAAGGGCUAUCCUCCUCCUCCUCCGCCUCGACAAUACCAACAACCACCACCUGAAAAGUCAUAUCCUCCUGUUCAACAAUAUCAACAACCACCUCCCCCACAGGAACAAUAUUAUUAUCCUCCAGACCAAUAUCAAUCACGAGACUUGAACUAUAAUCAAGUACAACAAUAUCAGGCUUCACCACCACUAUCAAAUUCCAAUGGAUGGGAAAUUAUGAUAGAUAAUAAAAUUUUAGAUGAUGAUUAUAAAAUCUUCAUUUCUAAAGACUCAUAUGAUAAGUAUUCAUCAUUUCUGAAAAAGAAUAAAAGUCGAGAAGUUAUUGAUCUUCAACAGCAAGGAUUUGGAGUACCUAUAUUUAAAGUUGAAGCAAUUUUAUUAAGUUUUCAUGAUAAAUUUUUAAAUUUUAAAAGAUAUUUACCCACUUCUUCACAUCCUUUUAAUCAUAAAAAAGAUUAUUAUGAUUUUUGUUUAGUUAAAAAAUUUAUUCAUAUGAAUUAUGAUUCUUAUGUUUUUGAAUUUAAACCUGAUCCAAAUAAUAGAAAUUUUGAUUUUAAAAUAGUUAUGUUUUCUCAUCAAAUAUUACCUAUAAAUGAUUAUUUAUAUAAAGGAGUUAAACAUAGAUGGAUAAAUGAUUCUUAUGAAGGUAGUAUUAAAAGAAUUUGGAAUUUGAGAUAUUCUUUCACUCAUACUAUAUUAAAUCCAAAUCAAAUUUCUUUAACUGAUAAUUGGGAUGGGAAAUCCAAUAAAUUAGAUAGAAAAUUAUUUAAAAAUCCUUAUCUUGGUGGUUUAUUAAAAAAAAUCUUUAAUUUGAAUUCAAGUUUUCCUAAACCUGAAUAUUAUGGUUAUUCAAAUGUUGAUACUUUAAGAGAAACUGAUGAUUUGAUGGGUUUUGGUCAUGCUGAUUUGAAUAUAAAUAAUUCUUCCCAAACUAAUUCAAAUAUCAGUCAUGAAUCAAUCUUCUCAUUAUCUGAAGAUGAAUUGGUAAGUAUUUGUAUUGCAACUACUUUAAAGAGACAACAAGAUCUUGAUAGAGAAGAAAGUGAUGACGAUGUUUAA